AUGGACAAAUACGUGCUCGCACAUUUCGACUGGAGCGCGUAUACCAACGCGGCACAGGGCCGUUUCCUCGAAGGCCGCGAGGGUGUGUUCUGGUCAAAUGGAUUCCACAACCUGGUGACGGUUUCCGUCAUCUGCGGACUUGCCUGGUGGGCCUGCCGGCUUUGGAGCAACUUCUACUCGUUACGUUGCAUCCAGGCUAAGAUGCAGAGUAUGCACAAGGUACUGCACUUGAAUGGCAUGGCGGAGUACUACGAUGACCUGCUGAUGCUCACGAAGGAGCACUUCAACACCAUCGUCAAGUCGCGUGAAUACGUCGUGCCGCUGCCCGUCGCGCGCAUCCGCAUGCCGAGUACUUUAAUCGCAAGGUCGCUUCGCCUGCACGUGGGCGAAGGAUAUGACUAUGAACUGUCGGCUUCGGCGACGCCCGCAUUGGAGAGCGCGGCGGUGUCCAUGUGCCUCGACAGUUUGGAGGUGUCGUUCUCCAUGGACUGCAACCGCACAACGUUCGUUAGCGCGCACUGGGGAGUGCCGUCAGCUGACGUGCACAAUAUUUGUGUCGAUACUCAAAACAUGAUGAGAGAAGUCACGGUAGCACCGUUGAGUUUACGCCGCUUCCUCCGGAGAGUGCUAUUCCCAUCUAGAGAGCAACACUACCAGAGCCUCCUGGACACCGAACAAGCAGUGGAGAUGGACGCCCCGGCCGGUACUGAUGGCCGUUUUGGUCGCUUUACUGCCUUGGACUACACCGACAAGAUAUGCUCCAACGAAGCUGUGUGUUUCGACGCCGGCAGUGGGAUCCGCUGCACGGUUUCGCCCCCUAUCAAGACCGUGGAGGUAGACGGCAGUGCCAAGUCCAUCUGGGAUGUGCUUCUUAGCCGUAAACACGCCGGUAGGGACAUCAUUCCGCUCGUGGUGGUGCUGUACUCGCCGCGAACCCAAGACGCAAAGGUGUUCAGCGAGGGCAGUGUGGAGACCUACCUGGGCAUCGCCGAGAUUACCCUCGUGACCUUCAGCGGAAGCGUCGAGCCCACAAUGCCCGUUCUGCGCGGCCCAAAUAACCCCAGCGGAGUGGUGAUCGACGGAGUCAAGCAAGUAUGCUUCUCGAACGACUUCGGGCGGCCGCAGGAGCCCCGCGAUAUGUUCGGCAUGGGGGACGAUGUGGACAAAGACUGCCUCAUCUGCCUAUGCACGCGUAUGGACACGGUGCUGAUGCCAUGCGGGCACGCGUCCUUCUGCUAUAACUGUCUCCAGUCGCUGCGCACGGAGAAAUGCCCAGUGUGCAGAGCACCAUUCAAAUCUUAUGUAAGGUUCCCCCUGGUGGGGACUGACAGCAUGUCAUAA